GACUCCCAUCAACGCCACCAACCCCCCGAGCCGAUCCAAAUGACAAUGGAUGAAGAGAGUGAGAUACCUGCCAGGGAAGUGGUGCAUUAUCCAUUAAAGUUGUUCGACCUUGCAAAGAGCGCAGGGAGGGUGUUGUAUGUGCAAGCUCCGAUGGUUAGGUAUAGCAAACUCCCUUUUCGGGCUCUAGUGAGGGAUUAUGGGGUUGAUUUAUGUUAUACCCCUAUGGUGAGUUUAAAAAGGCUUUACUGGAUUGCAUCUGCUAAAAAGCUUCUACUAGAUUUCACAACAAAUGCAUCAGACCGUCCCUUAAUUGCCCAAUUCGGGGCCCACUCCUCUAUAGAUUUUUCCCGAGCCGCUGAAUUGGUAAAGCCGUACACGGACGGCGUGGACCUGAACUGUGGCUGUCCGCAAUCAUGGGCCAUUCAAGAGGGUAUCGGGUGUAGGUUGAUGCAGCAGCCGCAGCUAGUGAAGGAAAUGGUGCGUGCAGCAAAGGAUCGGUGCGGUGAGGACUUUUGCGUGUCGAUUAAAAUCAGGGUUCAUCAUGAUUUGCGAGAGACUGUGGAUUUUGUUAAGAUGGUGGAGAGUUCUGGGGUCGACUAUAUUACUAUUCAUGGAAGGAGGCGGUCACAGAGGAGUAGUGAGCCAGUGAAUUCGGAAGCCAUCGCACUGGUUAAGAGCCUUGCAGGGGUGCCAAUUGUGGCUAAUGGGGAUGUGUUCAGUUUGGGGGACGCCGAGAGGAUUGUGGGGAUUACGGGAGUGGACGGAGUUAUGGCUGCCCGUGGCCUAAUGGAAAACCCGGCUUUGUUUGCUGGUUUUAAGAAAACACCUUGGGGAGCAGUUGAACGAUUUCUGCACUACAACGCGAAUUAUGGACCUCUCCCGUACCAGCUCGCUCUGCACAAUGUCGGUGAGAUGUUGCGGGAUAUGAUGACCAAGAAGGAAAGGGCAGAGAUGACCAGAAAUUCUGGCUCCAUUGUUGAAAUACUGAAUUGGUUAAAGCAAAGGGGAAUUGGUAGGAUAUAUGCUAGAAGCAGGGUUUGGAAAGGGAGUAAAAAUGGAGAGAAUAUCAUCGCGACUCGAAUUCUGAAAACCAGCCUGUCUUCUAGAGCAUGUGACGGAUUUUGGGUUAAUCCCAGUCCCCGGAGUUACGUCCGCAAUACUACAACAGGUACCCGAGUACUUAAUUACAAGUAUGAAAAGAAAAGAAAAUCUCUGCUGGCCCUUUUCUUCGGGCAUCACCACAGGUCCGAUUUAUCCAAGAGGGAACUAACUACGAGUAUAACCAACACGCUCUAUCAAACUUGGAAUUCCCUCAUAAGCACUCCUAAUGGCGCCACCAUAGCUAGAAAUCUAAGAAAGAAAGGGGCGAACGACGUUCUGCCAACGCCUUUGAAGGAGGGCAUGCCUUUGGCGCUGUGCUUUUAG